CAUCGAGCAACCCUAGGCUGGGUUCUUCCGUCUUGGUGUCUUAGAAACACGACCCAGCGUUUUAACCCCGCGGAUGCCUCGGUCGCCUGUUCGGAGCCUAUGACACCAUCGCCUAAGAAGCAUCCAGCAGGUCGCUGCCCGCUUCGCCCUUGGCAACAUUGGCAUUGCAAGGAAAAUCUAAUCUGAUUGAUUAGAUCUAUCUUAUCACGGCUGUACUUCGCCUUUCGGGCCUCCUACAACGAAUCAUGAUCGCCUGUGGAAGGCAUACCCACUGUCUCGUCGUCCACGCCAAGAGGGACAAGAUGCACAACGACGUGAUGGCAUACCAGCAAAGAGGCUUAGCUAUACGACGCCGAUGGCGGAAGCGCAAGGAGAAAACUUUGCGCAUGCGAGUGACACGAGUAUAAGGUGGCAAUCUCUCCCUAGAAGCAUACAACUAUUAAGACGAGAAAACUCGGGUUUGUUCGCAGCAAUGGCAUCAUCGAAUCUCAGGCCCACGCUCAGCGAGCUCGGGGCAAAGGUUAAAGAGCUAUCGGAGACGCUGGAGCGGCUGCUCAAGGAGAGCGAGGUCGAGGCGCCGACAUUGGCGUCGGACAGCCCUGUCAAUAUCUCGAAGUUUACGCCUGAGAUCUUUACGACGAAGCAGAAGCUGCAGGAUGCGAUGAAUGAUCUUUCCAUUAUCUCGCAGGGGCCGAGCGAGAGUGUGUUCAACUAUGCGCACAAUGCUGUCCCCGACAUGGCCGCCUUGAACAUCCUAAACCGCUUCAACUUCUGGGAGGCCGUUCCCCUCGACGGCUCGGCUUCAGUCCAAUCCAUAGCUCAGCAAGUCAACCUCCCCGAAGAAGCAGUCCAGCGCGUAAUAGAACACGCCACCACAAUCCGCUACUUUGCCUAUGCCGACCCGGCUCAUCCCUCUACAUCCCCCAUCCAGCACACCUCCCGCUCCGCUGCUCUCGCCCGCCUUCCUGGCCUCCGCGCGCUGGUUAGCGGCUGCAUCGAGAAUGUCGGGCCGUCAAUGCUGGUCAUGCCGGAGGCGCUGGAGAAGUUUUCUCUUGGGAAGAAGGACCUACCGACUGAUGUCAGCGAAACGGCAUUCAAGCUGGCGCACAGUGGGGGCGAAGUGUUCGGUGACUACAAGAACAGCUGGGAGUUGCUGGAGAACGAUGGCGUUGGGGAGAAGAAAGGGUGGAGACAGCGGACGUUCAUCGAGUGGAUGGCGUACCUAAAGGACAUCUUCGGGACCGUCGAUUUGUUGCUCGGUGCCACGGAUUGGGAGAAGGAAGGGAGCGCGCAUGUCGUGGAUAUCGGCGGCUCCGGCGGCCACGACGCCUUCGCCCUUGCAUCCGCCCACCCCUCCCUCACCAUCACCGUCCAGGACCUCCACGAAUGCGGCCCCAUCUUCACCUCCCAAGUCCCCGCGACCCUCGCUUCCCGCGUCACCUUCCGUGAGCACAACUUCUUCAACCCGCAGCCCGUGUCCGCCGACAUCUACCUCCUCAAGAUGAUUCUGCACGACUGGCCCGACGCGCAGGCCAUCAAGAUCGUGCAGCAGCUGCGGCCUGCGCUGCGUCCGGGCGCGAAGAUCUUGUUCAUGGAUUACAUGGGCAAGCAGGGCGAGAUUGAUCCGGGGCUGCCGAGGAGCAUUACGCAGUUUGGGACGAGCACAGAUUUGAGGAUGAUGGCGUUGUUUAAUGCGAGGGAGAGGAGCUUGGAGGCGUGGAAGGGGAUUGUGGAGAGGGCGGACGAGAGGUUUGAGAUUGUGCGGGUGGAUGCGAAUCCGUUGACGUACAUGGUGGUUAUGGAGGUGGUUUGGAGAGGGGAGUAAUUGUGCUUGAGAAAAAUAGCUAUCUCAUGAUGUGUUAGGGUGCUUGCACUGUAUGAAUGAAGUCCUCCGCGUGUCUCAAGAGUAUUCGUCUGAGAUGAGUCGAGGGGAUAGAGCGGGAUGUCACUUGGACGUAGUGCACCAUGAGAUCGAGCUCUUUUGGAACAU